AUGUCUGAUUUGGAUUUGAAAGAAAUAAUUCAUCAUUUAAGGGAGGUAACAUUGAAUAAUAAAGACCGAGAUUUGGUUCGCAUAAAGCUAUGGGAUUACCUUAAGUACUUUGCUGAAGGCAAAUCAUACCCAUUUGAGGCGCCCCUUAACGACCAGAACGAGUACAAACCCGAGAUCGAGACCACAGAAAUAGUCUUACACAACGUGGCCCUGGAAAUACAUUCUAGCUGGUGCGCACUAGCGGCAGUGGUCAAUUUUAUGAUUCCACCUUACGACCCCAAAGAAGGAACUAUUGCUGGAUAUGGAUAUUCAGUUGUUAUCUUCCUAGCCAAAUGGGCAGACACCAUUGCGAGGAACUUCAACGAUGUAGAAGUUGGUACAAAUGACCAAGACGGUACUACACGCACGGGAAGAAGACCCGGACGCGUCCAGUUCAGUCCUCCUUUUUUCACCUUCACCUUUGCCAAAAGGAAGAGUCUCAUCGAUUCCAGCAACUGUAACGAUUACAUCACAAUAGUCAGCACUGGUAAAUGCGUCAACCUCCCGCUUGGUCCCCUGACCAGCGCUUUGAGUGAAAAGUUGAUAGCUGCCAGAUGGAACCAAGUGAUUACAAGUUCAAUCUUUUCAGGGAUUUCCACUGAGGAUUGUCCGUUCCCAAGAGACUCUUUUUUUAAGCCACCGCAUGAGUUUAAGAUGAUCGAAAAGGAUAUCGAAAAAGCCCCGGAUGGCUCGGUGAAGAAAAAGACAUUGAAAUUAUUUAAACAGAAAGUUGAAGGUCUUCCAGCAGAUCCACAUUCGAAGGGACCAAGCCAGGUUGUCGCUAAAACAGUCAACUACAUCGGAGGGUGUGCCGAGUUAUGGGGAUUCUUGGUUAUGCAAAACCGCGUUAGACCUGGAGAUCAUUUCGAUUCAAUUACCAUCGAUGCCAAAUGGGCCCAUUGCACCAAGCUUAUUGGGUACAACCAAACAACUGUCAAGUGCGAAAAAUGCCCCGAUGGAUCUGGAAAUUGGAGGUUUAGUAAUAACGGCACGCACUGUAAAAAAGGUCGGAAACAUGAAAUAUUAACACCAAAACCUGGCUGUCUCGGCUGUCUCUUCCUAGCCUCUGCCAUCGAGGCCAAGCAAAACGUUAUUUGGAAACAAGAUAGCGGCAUAACGCUUAGGCCCUACGAAGAAUAG